AUGCCGAAGAUCUACAAGCCCGGGAAGGUUGCUGUUGUGCUCCAAGGCCGCCACGCUGGUAAGAAGGUCGUCGUUAUCAAGCAGCAGGACGAGGGAACCAAGGAGCACGGCUUCCCUUAUGUGGUUGCCGCUGGUAUUGAGCGCUACCCACUCAAGGUGACGAAGUCGAUGAGCUCGAAGAAGAUCGCUCGCCGCAGCAAGAUCAAGCCUUUCAUCAAGGUCAUCAACUACAACCACUUGUUCCCUACGCGCUACGCGCUUGACCUUGAGGGCCUGAAGAGCACAGUCUCGAACGACACAUUCAAGGAGGUGUCGCAACGUGAAGAGGCUAAGAAGGCGAUUAAGAAGCUGUUUGAAGAGCGCUACCAGAGCGGCAAGAACCGGUGGUUCUUCACCCCUCUUCGUUUCUAA